AUGUUCUCGCAGUCUCUAUUUGCUUUUCUCGCGCUCUUCACUGGGCUCGCGCACGCGGGCACCAAGAUCUGGGACGGCAAGUGCUUCAGAUCCUUCAACUCGUUCACCAACGUCUCCGACUUUGACAAAUGGUCAUGGUCAAGUGAAGUUGGGACUUACCAAUGGUACAUCCACGGCACCCAGCCGACUUCGCACUACCUCGCGCUCGACCCGACGUACAAGAACCCUGCCGACACCUCUGAGAAGAAUGGUCUCCGGAUGACCAUCGACUCUACCGCUACUUGGAACUCGCAGAUGGAGCGGUGUGAACUGAUUCCUCGGACGACCGAGAACCUGGGCCAGGGCAACUUGUUCUACCACUUCUCACUCAUGCACGAUGCCAGCAACCCUCCUGAUUCGACCCUGGAGCACCAGAUCUUCUUCUUUGAGUCCCACUUCACAGAGAUGAAGUAUGGAGUCUCCCCUAACCCAACCCAGCUCGAGUGGCACGUGUCCGGCCAGCCCAAAUGGAGCACGCCCUUCGUCGCCGGGAGCUGGUACAACUUCGCGUACGACAUCGACACCGCGCCCCGCCGCCAGUUCUCCGCACAGACGGUCGGACUGUGGGCGUCGAACGGCUCGACCCCGCUCGUGAAGGUGAUGAGCAACGUCGCGGCGGGGACGUCGACCAACUCGGAGGAUUUCCACGUCGGCGUGCUCCGGAUCGUCAACAGUGCGACGCCCGAGCACUGGUACAUGUCCGGGGUCUACAUCGAGAGCGGGCCGAUCACGACGAGCGUCGGCUCCGGCUCCAGCUCGUCCACGACGUCCUCGGGCGGCGGGAGCACGACGACCGCACCGCCGUCGAGCUCGUCGUCGUCGAGUUCGACGACGUCGGUGAGCUCGACUACGACCGCGGCGGGGCCGACGCAGACGCAGUGGGGCCAGUGCGGAGGGACUAACUACGAUGGUCCGACGACGUGCGCGAGCCCGUUCACUUGCAAGGCCGUCUCGCCUCCGUACUACUACCAGUGUCAGUAG